AUGGUCGCAGGAUCUGGAGGCGGUGCUGUCUCAGAUACAAAUAGAAAUGGUUUGCCUGGCGGUAAAUUGUUUGCUUCGAACAAUGGCGAUUACAUGUUCGGAGGUACACAAACUUCAGGCGAAUUGGGAAUUGGCAAAAAUGGUAUCGAUUCUGACAAAAAUCAAGGCGGUUCCGGCGGUUGCGGCAGUGGAUAUAGAGGCUGUUAUCACAAUUUUCCCCUAGAUCUUACAACACUAUCUGCAUAUGAAUAUGGCGGAUCAGGAGGAAGUUCAUAUAUAAGUGGCCAUCCAGGGUGCAUAAGUCCUCACUAUCCAUCAACUGCAGCAGCUGAUGAAUUUACUCCUUUCCAUGAAUCUCAUUUUUAUUUCACAAACACUUUAAUGCGAAGUGGUGAUGAAUCAAUGCCAGAUCCGUUCCAUGACAAUUCUAUUAUUGGUCAUUAUGGUCACGGAGUUUGUAGAAUCAGAUUUCUCUUUGAUCCUUAUUGUCAAACGCAUUUCAUCAUUUUUCCUCAUUACUUUUCAUUCUCUAUAUACAUGAUUUUAUUUUGUUUAGUUUCUGAAUAA